AUGGCUGAUGUGAUUAACGAGAUGCAGCAAGAAUUUGCACCCUUUGACCCAACCAAAAAGAAAAAGAAGAAGAAAGUUGUUCUUCAGGAUCUUGCGGAGACCACAGAACCACAACAGAUGGAGAAAGCUGAUUUCUUGCCAAUUAAUGACGGACUCGGGAGUGCAUUUACUGGACUGAAGAAAAAGAAGAAGCCAGUUGAUUCUAGCUCACUGAAUGACGAAAGUGUUGAUCAAGCUGUAGAAGAUUUGGAUGAGCAUGGUAACGAUGGGGAAGAGGGAGGAGGAGUAAUCCCGCAGCAGAAACGUUAUCCCUGGGAAGGAAGUGAUAGAUAUUACCUAUAUGAGGAGAUUCUUGGGAGGGUCUAUAACAUUCUGCGUGAAAAUAAUCCGGAGCUUGCUGGAGAUAGGUGUCGUACAAAAAUGAGGCCUCCUCAAGUUCUUCGUGAGGGGACAAAGAAGACAGUUUUUGUCAACUUUAUGGACCUUUGCAAGACGAUGCAUCGACAACCAGAUCAUGUUAUGAAUUUCUUGCUUGCUGAGUUGGGUACUACUGGUUCACUUGAUGGGCAGCAAAGGUUGGUUGUCAAAGGGAGAUUUGCGCCCAAGAACUUUGAAGCUAUUUUGCGGCGAUAUGUCACUGAUUACGUCAUUUGCCUUGGUUGCAAGAGCGGAGACACGGUUCUUUCAAAGGAGAAUCGUCUCUUCUUCGUGAGAUGUGAAAAGUGUGGAUCAGGACGAUCAGUGACACAGGUCAGCAAAGGAUAUGUCGCUCGUGUUAGUAAGAGGAAGACUUAA